AUAAAAAUAAAUAAUAAAAUCAAAGAUUUAAAAUAUACAGUUGUAAAGGGACGUUGGAAUAAAAAAAUUGUUAUUGUUAUAUCUAUUAAAUCAAAUAACGAUCAUGACUAUUAAAGAUUAUAGCAAACAUCGUUACGAAAUUUCCAAAUCUGUUGAACGAAUUUUUAAUAAUGUUUUCGUUAUUAGAGAAGGGCUGGUUCUUUCUUCCUCAAAAAAGAAAAAUAGAUUAUCGAAUAUAAAAAUCAAAAGUAGUUUUGCCGAUGAGUUUCUUAAUCCAUUCUAUACCAAAAUAAAUGAGAGUAGCAGCAAGUUUGAACUCAAUGACAUCAGGAGGCACAAUAAGAAACAAUGUGAUUGCUAUACACAGAAAUAUACAUCAAAAUACCAGGAUUUUAAAUUUUCUUCAGGAGUUUUUCACUCAGUGCGAUCUAGUGGAAUAAAGACCUUGAAUAAACGGAAUUUGGGUAGAUAUUCUGUAAUUUCACAGAUUAACUUUACACAGAAUGAAAAUGUAAAUAUAAGUCAUCACUGCAUAUUGGACGACAUUCAAAAAAUAAGAAGAUAUUGCUUUAAAAAUGAGAAGCAUGAGUGCCCCACUUCCAAUGGCUCUGAAAUCGGAAAUAUAAGUACUUACAAAUUGAUUAAAACUUCUUUAUAUUCGAAUCGAAUGAAAUCUUAUAGUAAGUAUCCCAAUAAAUAUCAGAAAAAAAAUUAUAUAUAUCCACCUUUGGAACAAUCAAAACAUGUUUUCAAAAACAUAAUUUUCGGUCCAAGAAAUUAUGGCACGGUUCAAGGAAGUAUGUUCUUUGACUCUAAUCUUACAAAUAAAAGCAGAAAAUAUAAAUACGGUGCUGAGAAAUUAUUUCAAUUAUCAUUUGUUGACAUAUGCAAGUCUUGUUCUUCAUCUCUAUUAUCCAGUGAAAGAGGAUAUUCUAAAAAUGAAUGCAAUCCUCUAAUUGAAAAAUUUUCGCUUUUACAAAACAAUUCUACUCGCACCAAAAAUGUAACUAAUGGAGUAUUAGAGAAUUAUGAUAAUAAAUUAUAUAACUGCUCAUUAGAAAGAUAUAGUGAAAUAUACAAUCGUCCAAUUAGUAUAAUUACUUCAUUAAAUAUGCAUAAAGUUCCUGGUAGCGAAAUAAUGAACAGCAAGCAACAGGAAAAGUCGGAUAGUUUAAGUCUGGCUUGCAAAGUAGCCAAAGUCCAAAAACAAAUCGAUUUCGAUGAUUUAGUAAUAUUUACUUCAUAUACAUUGUCUUUAAAAUCUGGAAUGCACUCUCCGGAUAUAGGAAAGUUAUAUUAUGACUCUAAAUCGGUUUCUAAUUUAUUUUUGUUCGCGAGCAAUUCAAUAUUAAGAGUUUCAGAGAACAAUAUUACAUAUCUAGAAAAAAUCAAUCAAAUAUCCACACAUGUUAAAGAUAUUUCAAAAAACGUUGUGCUUGACGAGAGAUUAAAAUUUAAGCAAAUGCUUUCCACAAAUGUCAAUAGCACGAAAAAUAGAGAUAUAUCUGAUAAUAAAAUUAUCUCUUCUGAAACUAAAAUUACUAAUUUCCUUUUUCAAGAAAACGACCUUUUUCGAAUGAAGUAUAAUUAUUGCAUUAAGUUCUCAAUUUUAUUAGAGAAUAUGGAUUUAAUUUUAUUUAGUAUUGACAAUCCGUACUUUCUUUUGGAAUCAGUGAAAGUUAACGAAAGGGAUGCUUUUGACAACCCACAUCACAAAUACGAUUCACUUUUAAAUCCAUGUUUGGACUCAGAAAAGUUCGUAUACAACUUAAAAUUCAAUAAGCCGAAUAUUAUAACAAAGCCGCAGACGCAAAAUUUCGUGGAAACCAGAAGCGUUCAAAUUUUGGAUAUCCAAGAUCACAACAACCUAAAUUUUUUAUCAAAUGUAACUUCUGCUACAAAAUAUAGAAAUAAUGCUCAGCAUGAGCCAACCUUUGAUGCUGACAUGACAAAUACUAGCGAAGAUAAAGUAAUACUAACUAACUACUCACUAAUUAGAAAUGAUAAAAAUGUCAAACUUAUAAGGGAAAAUCGCUUUUCUACCAACGACUCUGAAGUUUCUAGAACCCAUAUGAUAUCCAAUCAGAAGAUAAAGCUUAAUGCUAUUUCAGUCUUGAAUUUAUUAAAUGAUGUAAAGUGUAUUCCAUACAACAAUUUUACUGUUAACGCAUCAGAAAAUGAUAGAGUCUUUCAAGAGAAAAUGUUCAAGGAAAAUAUGUAUGCACCCGUAGUAAGCUCGACUGGAAAAUAUGACGGCGUAUUAUAUAGUGAUUGUAAACCAAAUAUUAGUGUAAUAAAUAUAGUGAGUAAAUGUGAAAACAAUAAUAAACUGGGUUACUUUCAACAGAAAUAUAACUCUUGGUCUAAUUUAUAUACAUGUGACUGCAAAGAUUUCGUUUUAUUUUCAUAUCAUUCUUCAAAUAUUAAUAUAUCCAAAAUUUUGGUUGAUUCCAUAUAUUAUGUCAACUUAAAUGAUUUAUUACGAAGAAAUACGUCUGCAGUAUGUAUGAAUAAUAUAGUAGAUUACCGUAUCCGUACUCCUCUCUUCAAAGAUGUGAUCUCCGAUCAAUUUAAGUUUUUAAAAUUGUGGAAAACUAAAUACAUAGCUGGGUCUGUUCCUAACUGUAGAGACAUUGGAAAUAUUAUAUACAAAAGCAAAACAAAAUUAACUUUUGAAGGCAAUAAUAUUUUAUAUAACAUCCAAAGUUCAGAGCAGCAAACACUUUUUAAAUUUAAUAAAACCAAAAAUUAUAUAUGUUAUGCGAUUCGUUCCAAUACAGCUCUUAGUGAUUGUACACCCACCAAACAAUUACAUAACGAAGCAAUAAGUUUUAAAUUAAACUCAAGCUUGAACAAUGGUGCAAUGUUAAAAAAUUUUUCUACUAUCCACAACUCUAAGGCAAAAUAUACAGAUAACUAGGACUUUGGGCGUUUCUAUCCAACCGACUUGUGCAACUUCUGUAGGGGGUUAUUAAUGUUCAAGAUAAAGGGUAUGUCGACUCCCCUGCAAUCCAUCGAUGCAUUUUGCUUAAAGAGUGAGUUAUUUCGACAUAUACGGGCAUCACACCAGCUCUCAAGGUGACUAAUCAUAACAUGUCGAAUUACUCGUUUAUAGUCCCAAACUAAUUGUGUUUUUAUUCAAUAUAUCGCUCAUUUGCUGCAAGACCGGCAUAAUUCAAAAAACGUGAUUUUGGAGUUAAUGCUGCAGAAUUGUUCGUUAUAUCAUACUUCAUGUUGAGUGAAAAAUUCAUAUGAAUACCUCUUAUAUGCUCUGCUUGAGAAGAGGUGUAAGGUUGGAGUCACCGUGUAAGGUUAUAGUCAGUUGAAAACUUUAAACGCGUUUUCUGGCGAAUCGAUUUUUUUGACAUAUGCCGGUCUUGCAGCAAAUGAGCGAUAUGUAAGAUGUAUGGUCUCCGAUUGGCAAUUCCGCUAAUUUAAUCUUGUUUGUAUCAGUAUAUCCAAUACAAAUCAGCAACUCAUCAAAGGUAUCCGAUACUAUUUUCGAUCGUUUAAUCUUAUCGGGCGAAUCCUUUUGUUAUAAUCGAUAUAGUUUCGCCAUCUCCCACUUCGAAAAUUAUCACUGUGUUUCUAAAUGCUGCGCUUUGUCCCUACGAACCCAAAAUAUUGAUAUAAUACAAAGGUCUCAAUCCAAAAUGCUUAGAACAAUCACGGGUUCACGAUGGUACAUUCGUAAUGAAAGCAUUCAUAAAGAUCUUGAUAUUCCUGUAGUAAAGAAGGAGUUAUAGGACAGCAGAAUGAAAUAUAUUUCUAAAUUUCGUGAACAUCCAAACCCAUUGGCCAACGCCUUGGUAAAUUCCUGCAGUCAAAUACGUUUAAAAAGAAAUGAUCCACCAGCAUACUAGAGAGCAACGUUUUAGCAAAAAAGAUCAACCACAUUCUUGAGCUUCUUUAGAUUAAGAUUUGAAUACUUACUGUUAGGUUUUACAUUGUGUUUUCAGUCGAAAAAAUUUUUCCAAUUGAGCAAUUCGUAAACUCUGAAAACGAUAGGGUUUAUUUGACCGACCGUUCCUACGAAAAGUGAUCGGUUGGCCAACAGGAGGCAGCACCCGCCACAAAUAACACUGUGAUAGCUUUUUUCAAAAAAAAAAAAAGACAAGACCAAAUUCGACGGUUUCCCCCUAUUUCGGGUCCUAUGAAUCGAACUGCAUCAUUACUUUUUUGAGUUACAAUCAUGGUUUCAUACAAAAAUUUUUGUUGAAGUUUUUCAUCAAAGUGGCCCAUUGUAAGAGAAAGGCACAUUUUUCUUCGGUCUCUAACUUUUUUAAUGUUGACUUUUUUGGUAAACUUUCUUUAGCAAAGCUUCUCAGAAUAAGUCCGUCUUUAAGUUCUUAGAUGACUGUAAACCCCAAAAUCAAUGUUUUUUGUGUCCUUAUAGCCAAUAUGUCGAAAAAACUGAAAUUUAAUCCAUUUUUUUAAUGUUUUUUCCCUCACGUUUCGUCAAUAUCUUAAUUUACCCUUUGAUACUAUACAUUAAGUGACAUCUUGUAGUAGUAAGAAACUUAAGCAAAGACAACGUUCUGAGCAAACUAACCAUUAGAAAAAAACUUAAUAAAAUUUGUAUUUUUAAAAAAAGCUACACUAACUAACGGGUGAUUUUUUUGAGGUUAGGAUUUUCAUGCAUUAGUAUUUGACAGAUCACGUGGGAUUUCAGACAUGGUGUCAAAGAGAAAGAUGCUCAGUAUGCUUUGACAUUUCAUCAUGAAUAGACUUACUAACGAGCAACGCUUGCAAAUCAUUGAAUUUUAUUACCAAAAUCAGUGUUCGGUUCGAAAUGUGUUUAUCGACAAAUUUUGUUCAGCGAUGAGGCUCAUUUCUGGUUGAAUGGCUACGUAAAUAAGCAAAAUUGCCGCAU